AUGCCAGCGCCUGCACUUGGUUCUGGUACCACUGCAUUGCUAUUCUUUCUGCCUCUCAAAGCUGAGCACACAGGCAAAGUUGCUAAGCUGAGUGCGCCUAUGACGGACGUCGGCAGCUCGAAAUCGCAGGUGGCGGCGCGGGCUGCCAAGGCGAUGAACGCCGACCUGAAGGUGGAAGCUAUGGAAGUACGCGUGGGGCCAGACACAGAAGACACCUUUGACGACGAGUUCUGGGAUAGCCUGGACUGCGUGGUCAAUGCUCUCGACAACAUCCAGGCCCGCAUGUACGUGGACUCCCGCUGCGUGUGGUUUAGUAAGCCGCUCCUGGAGUCCGGGACGCUGGGUACAAAAGCCAAUGUGCAGGUGGUGCUGCCGAAGAUGACGCAGUCCUACGGAGACUCGCAGGAUCCUCCAGAGGAGUCGAUCCCGCUUUGUACCGUCAAGCACUUCCCGAAUGCCAUCGAGCACACCAUCGAGUGGGCACGGGAGGCAUUCGAGCAGCUCUUUGUGGAGACCCCCCGCGAGGGAAACAACUUCCUCGAAGACCCGGAGUCGUACUUGAAGAAGGUGCCCUCCAUGGGCUCCGGCACGUCACAAGUGCAGCGCCUGCGCUCCCUCCAGCAAAUGCUGCAGAAGCGCAAGCAGCCCUUCGACGCGUGUGCCGAGUAUGCAGUGAUGGAGUUCCAGGAGAAGUUUCACGACUCCAUCGUGCAGCUGCUCCACACCUUCCCGCUGGAUCACGUCACGUCCGAAGGCACCAAGUUCUGGAGUGGACCAAAGCGUCCGCCGGCGCCGAUCAAGUUCGAUGCCAACGACGCGCUGCACGUCGACUUCCUCCUUGCGGCUGCCAACCUUUAUGCCACCAGCCUAGGCGUUCCCGAGAAUCGCGACCGCGCACAGGUGGCAAAGAUGGCAGCGGCCGUGAAGGUGCCAGACUUCAAGCCGCGGGAAAUGAAGAUCAAGGUCGACGACAAGGACACAAGCGCAGAAGCUUGCAUGGACGACGAUGCUCUUGCCAAGAAGCUGAUGGCAGAGAUGUCCGAGCAGAUGAAGUCCUUCAAGUCGGCAGCGGACCUCCGACCAGCAGAGUUCGAGAAGGACGACGACUCGAACUUCCACAUUCAGUUCAUCGCGGCAGCUGCAAAUUUGCGGGCCCGGAACUACAAAAUCCAGGAGGUGGACUUUCUCAAGGUCAAGAUGACCGCGGGGAAGAUCAUCCCGGCCAUCGCCACCACCACUGCCAUGGUGACCGGCCUCGUGAGCGCCGAGCUCCUGAAGAUCGUCACCCUGCGAAACCGCAAGGUGGAGGACUUCAAGAAUGCCUUUGUGACGCUGGCGUUGCCUCUCUGGGUGCUGUCCGAGCCUCUCCCGCCACUGAAGACAGUGAGCAAGGAGCAUGACCCAAUAGUGAUGGGGCCGGUCAAAGCAAGACCAGAAGGCUUCACCACGUGGGACAAGGUAGACUGCAAGUUGGGGGACGUGACGCUGAAGCAGUUCCUCGACUGGCUGACCGCAGAGGUCAGCAUCGAGGUCAUGAUCAUGUCUUCGGGCAAUGCGUGCUUGUACAAUUCGUACAUUCCCGCGCAUAGGAAGCGCCUGCAGGAGAAGAUUACGACGCUUUGGGAGACGAUCACCAAACAGACGCUGUCGCCAAAGAAGACCUACCUGACCCUGGAGGUGUCGGCAUCGGAUUUGGACGAUGGCGUCGACGUCGUGAUCCCCACUGUCAAGUUCCAGUUCAGGUAA